AUCUUCAUUUCAACUUGAAACCCCCAGCUAAGCCUAUCAUACUCCAACAUGUUCGCUUAUCAGCCAAAUCCCAUCUCCAGCCCCUUCUUUGCCAGCCCGCGCACGUAUGGAUAUCCUUACCAGUCUUAUGACUACGCUCCUCGUGUGCCUUCAAGGUAUGCGUACGCACGAGCUCUAGCCGAAGAAGAACGCAGGGAGCGCGAGAGGCUUGCUCGUCAGAGCCGCUACUUUGCAUCGCCUUACGACCCAUAUGAAGAGGACUAUGACAAUGCGGAUGUCUUCGUUCCAGCAUAUCGACGCGGUAUCGACGUGCGCGAACAAGCCUAUCUCCAGGCACUGAAACAGCGCGAGCUCGAACGUUUGCACGCUCUGCAUGCAGCUGAAGAGGAGAAGCGAAGACAGAGAGCUGAAGAAGAAGUUCUGCAGCGAUUCUUCAACAAUUCACGCGGCACAAAUGACUCACUUCAUCGAAAUUCUCGAUCAAAGUCUCGUACCCCACCCUCCUCCACAAGAAUUCCUAUCAAUGUUACAACGCGUUCCGCCUCACCUACCCACUCUACAACUCCCGAAUUACCUCACAGUAUGAGUGAUUCCACUAGCGAGGCGCGAGAAGCCGCUGCGCGGACUAUUCAGUCGUUUUAUCGGACUCAGCGUGCUCUUCACGCCAUCUCUCACCUCCGCCGUGAGCUCGAUUCACUUAUAUCCGACUUUUCAUACCCUCGCAAUCUUGACUUUCUGGUUGACGGACGGACAAUCUCUGUCGAUGUCCCUUCCACCUUUAACGAGAGCAUAGCAGACAACUGCAGGGAAGAGAUCGCCAUGGCUCCAAAGCUUGCCUACACCCCGACAAACGUGCCAUUUCGCGUUUAUGACGACAAGCUGCAGAAACUCCUUGCAAAGCUCGAUGCUGUUUCCACUGAGUUUUUGACGGGUGAGGAACGUAAGCGCGUCAGGGAAUCUCGCCGUGAAGUGGUUCGCGAUACAGAGCGUGAGGCUGCGCGACUGGAGCGGUGGGUGAAGCGUGUUUGGGAAUCGAGACGAGAUGGAGAGGA